GUAAUUUCUAUUACACAUUUAUUUUUUAAGCUAAUAUAUCCACAUAUGAGAAAUCAAACUAAUUCUUCCUAGUUUCCCUGUUCCUCAUACCUCACCCCACAGGUGACUGUGUUUGUUUUAUGCCUGUCAUUCCAGUGUUCCUUCAUGCAGAUCCAAAUGUUUAUUAUUUCCCUCCUUUGUACAAAGGUCUACCCUGCUGUCCAGUCCUACCCAGUGGUGAAACAAGAUUUAACAAGGAGAAAAUAAUUCAAGGACAAGGAAUAGAUGAACCUCUUUCAGAAACUGGAUUUAAACAAGCAGCUGCUGCUGGUAUAUUUCUGAGUAAUGUAAGAUUUACUCAUGCUUUCUCCAGUGACCUCAUGAGGACAAAGCAGACCAUGCAUGGAAUUUUGGAGAAAAGCAAAUUUUGCAAAGAUAUGACAGUAAAGUAUGAUUCAAGACUUCGAGAAAGAAGAUACGGGGUUGUAGAAGGCAAGGCACUGAGUGAGCUGCGGGCCAUGGCCAAAGCGGCUGGGGAAGAGUGCCCUGCGUUCACGCCGCCUGGAGGAGAGACGUUAGACCAGGUGAAAAUGCGUGGAAAAGACUUUUUUGAAUUUCUUUGCCAACUAAUGCAAUCAGCUCAAAAAGAACACUUUUCCCAAGGAGCUCCAAGCUGUCUGGAAACUUCUUUGGCAGAGAUAUUCCCUUUAGGAAAAAAACGUGGCUCUGAGUUGAAUUCAGACGGCGGUGCACGAGAGUUAGUAGCCAGUGUCCUGGUUGUGAGUCAUGGCGCUUACAUGAGAAGCCUGUUUGAUUAUUUUCUGACUGACCUCAUGUGUUCCUUACCAGCAACCGUGAGCAAAUCCGAACUUGUAUCAGUCACUCCCAAUACAGGGAUUAGUCUCUUUGUCAUAAACUUUGAGGAAGGAAGAGAAGUUAAACCAACAAUUCAGUGUAUUUGUAUGAGCCUACAGGAUCAUCUAAGUGGAGCCGCUGAAACUCGCUAAGUUUAAAGUUACAACAAAAUCUAAGAAUUUUGAGCCUCUGAAGGGAGUGCCUUUGGCUUUAUUUACUUCUGUUCUCUGCUAGCACUGAUUUGGAAACUGUUAAAAGCCAUUUAUAAAGUUCAAGUGGAGUCAUAGCCACAUAAAACUUUAGUGGAAAACCAUUUAGAAUCGACUUAUUUGUCUGAUUACAGUUGGUGUUUUCCAGGGUAAUUUUACCACCCUGCCCAGUUACAGCUCAGGAUUGUACAAGGAUGAAGGAACUUAGUAUUGCAAGUGGGGGAUUAAUAAUUUGUUACUAUGCUUUUUUUCCUUUUUUAUGUUGAUGUUUUUCUUUAAUUUCUGAAAAAUCUAGUGUAUCUUAUUGAUGGUUGGUAAAAUGCUGUGUUUUUUUACUAUCUCAUUCAGUGCUUGGAGGAACACUUUAUAAUUCACAGUGCAUAUUUAUGAUGACUAUGUGUUAUAUUAAAAAAUCCUUCAAAGGAAGGAGUCUUACCAUCAUAAGUUUAUGUAAAGUAAAAUAACACUAAAAUGCUUUACACAUAAAUCAACUGUUGGAAUUUGUCAUUCUGGAGGGCUUGAAAUAUAGAAAUACAGAGGAAUACAGAUAAUGUUUGCAGAAUGGUCUGGGGGAAAGAUGUUAAAAUAUUAUUUGAUUAAAAACAUUAAGGAAGGAAUCUUUGAGCAGAAAAUAAAAUAAUAUCCUUUUCUAAACAGUCCCUUCAAAAGGCAAACCCAGAAAGCUAAAUAAAAAGUUUGCCUAAGAGAAGGAAGAAAAAUAUCCACUUGCUUCUUAUGUAACCUGUAGGCUAAGGAAUUUCUAGUUUGAGGAAGGCUAUAAAGGAAGUAAACACCUAAUAGUACACUCCAUGAAAAGAAUAAAAGGGAGUUUCCUUAUGAAGAAUGACCACAUCUGUGGUUAUUUUGUGGAAGGCACAGGUGAGGCUGCCUCUUCUUUCCACCAGAUGGCACCGGAGGAAAGGGAUUUUGGUUAAUUUAAUUUUGUGCAUAAGCUUGGUCCUCCAAAAAUCCUUAUCUAGAUGAAGGAAGUAUUUUACAUGUAGUUGCUUUUAAGUUACCAUGUUGAUGAAGCUGUGUGAAUCUCAACUUCUAAGAGGAUUAAUGCCAAAGUUGUCAGUUAAGGCUAAAAUCACAUAUAGUCAAAAUUUACUUUGAGCAUCAUGUGAAUCGUAUGUAAGGUUCAGUAUUGUCCUGUUUUCAAUGUGUCCAGCACGACCAGUUUUCUACCAGCAUUGGAACAGUGCCUGCAUUUGAGCACCAGAGGAAGUAUACUGUAAAUGAAAACUUGAAAAUUUACUGAAAAGGACAAACAAUAAAUACCCACUGCACAUUCUUACCAUAUAGAAGUAAUCUUUCUUUCUUUUUUUUUUUAAAGAAACAGAAUAUUAAUAAGAUGUAAGUAGAGUUCCCUUUACCCGGUUCUCACAGUCCUGUUCUCCUGCAGAGGCUAAGGAAGUGGUAUUGUUCCGUGCUUUAAAAAUGUACAUACACAUCAUCAAGCUAUCUGUGUUCUUUAUUUUUAUUAUGUCUGGGGCUCUAUGUUGAUACGUAUAGAUCUAGUUAAUUAUAAACACUAUAUUGAAUAAAUGUAGCACAUUUUGUUUAUUUUUCUAUUAGUGGGCAUUUAGGUAUAUUCAAUAUUUUUUUAUAGAAAUAAUGCUACAAAGAACAGUCUUUUGCAUCACUCCUUGUGCUAUGUCAAAAGAGCUACAUCUCCAAGUUUCACAGAAGCCUAAUGGCUCUGCAAAGUGGUUUUACUACUUUCAGUCCUACUAGCGGUAUUCAAAAUUCCUGUUUUCCACAUCUUUGUCCACACUUGAUACUGUCUGACUAGUUUUUGCUAAUCUGAUAAGUAAAAAAUGUCUCAUUUUAAUAAGCUUUUCUGUGAUUGUUAAUGAAUCUGGGCAUUUUUUCAUAUGUAUAUUGACAAUUGUGAUAUUUCCUCACUGGUGAAUCACUGUUAUAGUCAUUGCCUACUGUUCCCUCAGGCUGUUUGUUUUUUUUUUUUUCUUGUGAGUUGCACAAAUAGUUUGGCUAUUCUGGAUACUAGUCCUCCCUCUGUUAUAUACAUGACAAAUAUCUUCCAGUUUAUUACUUGGUUUUUAGACCUGUGUCUGAUGCAUUUUUUUGUGUUUUCAAUUUUUGAGACAAACCAAUAUACCUUGUUCUUUAUGGGUUGUAUUGCUUUUGGGUCCCUCCCCCAUGUAUA